AUGCAGAAGAACAGCUCAGAAUUUACUCGUAGAGCGUGGAAAAUCAUUCGUCUAGCCUUGCUGUGGGCAAGAGAAGGCGGCGUGUUCAGGAAGAGACCGGCAAUAAGUUUAAAUACACUACCUAAAUACAUCAAAAAUCUCCGGCACGGCGGUCGCGGUGGAGGUCCACUCAUUUACGGCGAACGCGAGCUCUCAUUCGACGCCACUCCGCUUAUCCACGUGAAAAUGCAUCGUCCUUCUUCAUUGCAGUUUAAGAUGCCUCAUAUUCCCUGCAUCAAUAAUCCACAGGUACUGGAUUUUGAAUAUGAUUUUGAUUUCAAUGGUAGUGAGGAGGAAAUCGAAAUGGACUACGAUAACGGAGUGGAAGAGCAAUAUUCGAAUGGCUGUGACGGAGAUGAUGAAAAUGGCUGUGACGACGAAAUUGAUUUGAAAGCGGAGGAAUUUAUAGCCAAGUUCUACAGACAAAUGAAGUUACAAAGACAAAUAUCUUAUCUACAGUACAAUGAGAUGCUUACUCGAGGCGCCAGCUGA